AUGGCGCAGGUAAUGCGGAUGGCAAAAGGUGACAAAGAAGGUGGUCCAGAAAUUUCUAUUGCUGGAAGUAUGGCCGCACGGACUGCGGAAGCGUCCAAGAGCCCCGCGCCUCAGCAGUCGCGGACGCCCCCUGACGAGGACGAAGCUGUGCUGCAGCUGCUGCGGCGCUGCUGGGCCGACGAGCCGGCUGACCGGCCGGACUUUCACGCGCUCAAGGCCGCCAUCCGCAGCCUCAACAGGGACAGUGAUGGCGGGAAAAUCCUGGAGAAAUUGCUGUCGCGCAUGGAGCAGUACGCCAACAACCUGGAGACACUGGUCGAGGAGAGGACGUCUGACUACCUGGAGGAGAAGCGCAAGUGUGAAGAACUGCUGUACCAGUUGCUACCCAAGUCUGUUGCCAGUCAGCUGAUCCUGGGCCAAGCAGUUAUCGCCGAAACGUACGACAGCGUCACCAUCUACUUCAGCGACAUAGUCGGAUUCACGGCACUGUCUGCAGAAAGUACGCCGCUACAGGUUGUAGAUUUACUCAACGACUUGUACAGUUGCUUCGACUCCAUCAUAGAGCACUUCGACGUGUAUAAGGUCGAGACAAUCGGGGACGCUUACAUGGUGGUAUCUGGGCUGCCGGUCCGGAAUGGUUCGCGGCACGCUCGCGAGGUGGCGCGCAUGUCGCUGGCGCUGCGACAGGCGGUGGCGGGCUUCCGCAUCCGGCACAGGCCAGGGGAGCAGCUCAAGCUGCGCAUCGGCAUGCACACCGGUCCAUGUGUUGCUGGUGUUGUGGGUCACAAGAUGCCUCGCUACUGCCUCUUUGGUGACACUGUCAACACUGCUUCACGUAUGGAGUCCCAUGGCCUUCCUCUAAAGAUCCAUGUAAGCCCUAGCACUAAGGCAAUUCUCGACACUUUUGAUACAUUUGAAUUGGAGCUAAGAGGCGAAAUUGAGAUAAAGGUAUGCAUGGCUUUCUGUUCAAAAGUCAUCAGAAUUUGUUAA